CUACCGAUGACGUAUACAUUAAGCGACUGUCUCCGGGUUUGUGUAUCGGCUGCUAACUGAAGCUUUUCCUUUGUUGUUGUUUGCUUCUACAUCCCAUGUGGACUCAUUUUCAGAUCUGGAGGAGAGUCUCCACCUGGAGGAUGCUGCUGGGUGUCAGGCAGAUAAAGGGCUUUCUGUAGCACCUUUAUCCAUGCUCUAUGUGGUUCUAGGAACACAGCAGUGCAAAUCAAAAUAGUUGACAUGUAUUCAAGCUGCCAGAGAUAGACAUCAAGGUGUCUAGAAACGUAUAAUCAGAGAAAAUGCUUAUUUUAUUUUUACUUUUAUGACUUUAGAGUUUUUAUGGCAUUCUGUGUAAAAUAGUAUUUAAAGAUAAUAACAUAUUGUAUUUCCUAAAAGGAAGAAAAGAAAAUCCUUUUGGAGUGUCUGUUCAACCCCAGCCAUGUUAGAAUGCAGGGUUUAUAUGAAACUUUGAUCUGAAGUUCAUGGGGAGGGGGCUGCCAGUACCAGAAUUGGCCCACCAGGCAGUUCUGCUCUAAACCAGGUCUGAUCCAUGACUGAGUACUACGAGGAGGGGGGGCUGCUGUACGAGCAAUCACCUCCCAUGCACAUCAAAGUGGAGUCCCCGGAGGGAGCCUUUGGAGGGGCGGCCUCAGAGAACGGCUUCCCCAGGGAGGAUGAAGACUCGGAGAACAGCUGUGACCAGACCAGCGCCUUACCUGGAGGACUUCCCUUCAACGUGGUAGUGGUGCAUCCCAACAUCAUGGCGCCCGGCAUGUCCUCAGACGACCUCUUGUCCAUUGAACAAAACAGAGCCAUGUCAGCUGCGCUGGCUGCUGGAGGAGCAGGUAAAAGGAAGAGUCGUUUCAGUGGGGCAGAGCUGGAGGUUCUGGUGUCAGAAGUCACCCGGUGUGAAGGGGAGCUCUUUGGACCCGCUGGAAGACUCAGAAGGCGGGAGAGAGAGCGCAUCUGGGCGGGGAUCCUGGAGAGGGUCAACGCCGUGUCCAGAGUACCCCGUACCCUUCGAGAGGUGAAGAAGCGCUGGGACGACCUAAAGAGGCGCAACGGAGGCAGGCUUGCAGACGCCCGCCAUCGCAGCUGCUACCUGCCCUCCAGCAGAGGGGCCUCGAUGCUGGGGCGCUCCUCUCAGUCCAGUCCAAGGCUCCAACAGCAGAGGCAGAAGCAAAGCAUCAGACCAAAGCCCAUUUUCCCCUGCUUUCCAGACUCUGACCCGGGUGUAGGAAUGGAUGGCUCAGAGAGAGAUGGUUUGGAGAAAGAAGAGGAGAUUCCUGAGCGUGAGAAAGACAUGGGAGAUCCUGACUGUGACCCAGUGGAAAACAGUAUAGAUGAUAAACUGGGAUUGGGGCUGGGUCUGGGAAUAGGACCCCCACCCACGUCAGAAAGAUGGCUGCCUCCUUCUCCUCUCUACAGCGCUCCUUUCCUGAAUGGAAGCCCCCAGCCCAGCAGCCCCCAGCCGUCACUUGGAACACAGCAGGGUCCUCUUGAGGCCCCCCCUCGCAGCUCCUGGCUUGAAGAUGAGCUCCGAGGUUUGGGAGAGGCGGCGAUUCAACUGGGGGAUCGGGUGGAGAAGAGCCUGCAGGAGUUUGGCGAAAGCUUCAGACAGGACAUGAGAACCCUUGUCGCAUCACAAGAAGCACUAGCAGUCAGUCUGCAGCAAAACAAUGUCCUCUUGCAAAGGCUUCUGGGAGUGCUGGAAGCCCAGCAGCAACCCCAGCCCCAGCAGCAUCGGGUGCAACCAGCACACCCCUCACAAACGCCUCAGCAGCAGCAGCAGCACUUACAGCCUCAGCAGCUACAGCACAUAGAACAACAUCCAACGCACCUACAGCAGCAACCGCAGGUCAGCCAGCACUCUAAUAACCUGCCAGCUGUAGCGGUGGCUUCGUCACCAUCAUCCCCAGAAAUACACCACACUUUCCCCCCCGAUCCAGCUGUAGACAGGAGUGGAAAUCUGCACAGGCCACGGAGGGGGAGACCUCUGGAACAUAGGCGCAAGAGACGGCGCUGAGAAUGUAUUUAAAAACUGUUGAUGUUUGAAGAUGUGAUGCUCUUUUUACUUGCGGUACUUCUGUAAUAACUAAUAGUUAUAUCCUGUUUCAAAUCUCACUCCAUAGUGUACUUUGGUGUGUUUUUUUUUUUUCUGAAAGGACUGAAGCAGUUUGGUGAAGUGGACUCUAAAUAAUAGGGUGGCCUUAACAGAACCGUGGCUCCACACAAACGUGUGGAUAAAGCAGGUCUAAGACUUUUGAAAAAAGCAAAGUGAGAGGGAAAAAUGCGAACCAUAGCCUCUCAUGCUCAGAGCGCAUGUUCCUCAGCAAAGCUCAUUGAUUCUUUUGGGUUCAAUCCGUCUUAGUUUUCCUGACUAACUACAUCAUCAUAAAGUACUUGUGAUUUGCACUUGUUUCCAUAAAUUGUACUUUUGCAGCUGUUCUAAGUACCCUCUAAUGUAUGCUUGUGCUUUUUUUUUUUUUUU